GGGAGGAGGCACGGCCGGCCGCCGCAUUAUCGGGAGUCUUUCUACUGUCGUCUCGUUCUCUUCACAACAAGCAAUCCCUCUUCGAGUCAAAUUUUUUAGGGUUUCAAUUAUAUGGAACAGCAUGUUAGAAGGAUCUGAUUCUUCUGAUCUUGAAAGUGGACAAGAAUCUAAGGAGCAAAUCGAUGAUCUUACUCCUGAAGACAUUGCUUGGGCUGAUUCUUGUCUGAUUAAAGAGAUACCAGAUAUUUUAGAUGGCAAUUGGAACCAUAUAAAGGAUGCCUUGUUAGAAGUCUUUGAUCUGUAUCCUCAAGGUUUCGAAUCUCCUCUUGCUGUAAGUGAUAAUGUUCCAGGAGGUACUAACGAUGACGUCGACGUUGACAUGCUUCGGUUUAAGAAUGUGAAGAAGUCAACAGAAAGAGAUAGCGAUGAUCCUAUGAACGAUGUCGAUUCUUCUCUUUCAUUGUCUUUUAGCACGAAUCCACUUUUACCCACUUACAAAGAGGAGGAUAAUGUUCCGGGAGGUACUAGUGAUGACAUCAACAUCAACAUGCUUCUUUCUAAUAAUGUGAAGAAGCCUACAUUUUUCUCGAGAGAUAGCGAUGAUCGUAUGAAUGAAACAGGAAUGGCUUCAGAAGAUCAACAACACCAUGACGACAUCGAUACUUCUCUAUCGUUAUCUUUUAACAAGAAUCCAUUUCUACCUACAUACAAAGAGGAGGUAGAUGGGAAGGAGAGUAUUCAAACUGAAUCUAGCCAUGAUUUACCAGAAAUUGGAUUUGAGCCUCCAAUCAAUGAUAUUUUCCAGGUCUGGGAUUUGAACCUUCCUCCAAUCGAAAACGAUCUCGUCGAGCAGCUGAACAAAGCUCUCUCUGAAAAUUCUACUGAAUCAGUCCGUUUACAGGAUAGUAAUUUCAGUGUGUUGAAAGAUUUCAAUGAUGAUUUACUUGAUAGCUUAAUCGACAGCAUAUCUGACUUGUCUUUAGGACCGAAGAAAUACUAGAAACAUAGUAUGGAGCUAUUGAUUUCUGAAAUUCCAUGCAGCCGACACAUGGCGCUCUGUUAUUUGAUAACUUCUCUCAAAUUCAAAUAGAGGGUGCUUUCAACUAGGCUACUUGGAGGCUUAAAUGAUAUAGUUUAGUGUGAA